GGUAAAAUGACAGAGCCAAUGCCAGAUUCUCGGGAUAUCAACGUAGCGCCCAUCAAGGAGCAAUACAUCCUUCCAAAAGAGGACCACGAACUGCCGGCCGAGGUUCAGGCGCUGCCGAAACGGGAACGACGUGGAAUGAACAAGACUAGGAGAAAGGACAUGAAACACGCGGAAACUCGAAUUCGCGCCGCCGCCGUCCGUCUCUGCCCGUCUGUAAUUCAACCAGUGGCUUGCAAAUUCGGCGAAAAAUGCAACUGUGAGCACGACAUUUCGGCGUUUCUUGCCAAAAAACCUGCUGACAUCGGCGUAGCGUGUCCCCUCUACGAUGCUCGCGGAGCAUGUCCAUUCAGCUAUGCUUGUCGUUUCGGCGGAGCUCAUCUCGACGAAGCCGGUCAGCAAUCUGAAAAAUCACCGGAGAAGCCGUACGAGCCCACCACAAAUUGUCAUUCGAUGAAAAUUCAAGUGGCUCUGCGCAAGCGAGAAUAUGAUUUUGAAAAGACGGAAAAAGCACUGGAAGCGAUUAAAAAUGAGAAUUUCGAGGUUCUCGAGCUGAGCCUGAGCACUGUCGGAGCCAUGUGUCGGGAGAAGAAGCCGCUCAAUAUGGGCUCACUUGAUGGGAAAAAGUAUCUGGCUCCGUUGACCACUGUGGGAAAUCUCCCGUUUCGAAGAAUUUGCGUUGAUUAUGGAGCUGAUAUCACGUGUGGAGAAAUGGCUCUGGCUACUAGUAUACUGUCGGGCACUGCGUCGGAGUAUAGUCUGCUUAAGCGUCACCCGUGCGAGAAGAUCUUCGGUGUUCAACUGGCCGGUGGAUUCGCUGAUACAAUGGCAAAAGCUUCACAAAUCGUCGUUGAAAACUUCGACGUUGACUUCAUCGACAUCAAUAUGGGCUGCCCAAUUGAUGUUGUUAAUCAAAAAGGAGGUGGUUGUGCUCUUCCGAGCCGUCCUCAGAAGCUCUUUGAAGUGCUCGCCGCCACGAAAAGUGUCCUUGGCGGGUGCUGUCCGUUGACGGUGAAAAUUCGAACUGGAAUGAAGGAAGGAGUGCUCAAAGCGCCCGAAUACGUGGAGCACAUGAAAAAGCACUCAUGGCAUACACCUGACCUCAUCACAUUCCACCCACGGAGCAAAGAGCAACGAUACACACGGCUCGCCAAUUGGGAUUUCACAUUUCCAGUUCAAGAAGCUACAAAACCUGUUCCCUUAUGGGUUUGUGGAGAUAUUCUGAGCUGGGAAGACUAUUACGAGCGGCUGGAGCAAUAUCCAGUUAAUGGAAUUAUGAUUGGACGUGGAGCACUCAUUAAACCAUGGAUUUUCACUGAAAUUGAUGAGAGACGGACUUGGGAUAUUAGUUCAACUGAGAGAUUUGAUUUACUCAAAAAAUUCGUCGACUACGGUCUCGACCACUGGGGAUCCGAUGAUGCAGGCGUCGAACGUACCCGUCGAUUCCUUCUCGAGUUUCUAUCAUUCCAGUGCCGCUACAUCCCUGUCGGAAUCCUUGAACGACUUCCCCAACGGAUCAACGAUCGCCCACCAAGAUUCUGCGGUCGAAAUGAGCUUGAAACGUUGCUCUCCUCACAAAAAGCCGACGAUUGGAUCGAAAUUUCGACUCGGCUGCUGGGACCGACGCCGGAAGGAUUUCAGUUUAUUCCGAAGCACAAGGCUAGCUCGUAUUAAAAUAAAAUUUGGAGAAUAUUCAUGAAAAUUGGCGUUUUUUGAUCAAAACUCCGAAUAGAAAAUGCCGUUUUUCUACCAAAAAUAUAUGAAAAUGCUAUUUUUUUAAUGAAUUUUUUUGUAUUUUCGGUCGAAAAAUUUUGAUAUCUGCUCAUUUGUUGAGAAUUUCUGCUCGAAAAAUGUCAAAAAAAUGUCGAAAAUUUCGCAAAAAUCCAAUUUUUCACCAUUUUUUCUAGUUUUUGUUCUGUUUCGUUCCUGUUUUUAAUAUUUUGUUAGUUUUUUUUUCUUAUAAAAUUGUUGAUUUUACCCA